AUGGAUGACAAGCCAACGCCGUCUUCCCUUGGCGAUAUCGACGCUACAGUGCCUACAUCUAUUCCGGAAACCAUAGCACCUCUCAGUGUACGCUCCGACACGGACUCUGUGUCGCAUGCCCACACGGCUAUUCACCAUGCUCAUUCUCAAUCUCUUCUUCAACCCCAUUUAACAUCCGAUGCUUCAGCAUCCAUGCAAACUAUUCAACCCAGCGCCUUGACAGUCGAGAGCCCAGAGGACGCUCCUGCGGGAUCGGUCCGUCUUGGGCCAUCCGAGUUCGCUGUGACUCUUCCUAUGGACUCGCGAGUGAAAGACGACUAUGAUCGUGUCUUGACUGACUCCGCUGCCAUCACAAGGGAGUUCCUCGCAAGCCUAGGCCCUGCUGGCCAGGUCUCUGAUUCUCAGGACUCGAAACUCGCUCGGGAAGCCGAGUGGGCCGAGUACUCGAGUGCCAAAUUCCGGCUCCUUGGAUGGUUGAUACGAGUUGGUAGCGAGCGAGACCUUCACAUCAUCAUUGCCGUACAAGGCGAAGACAAACGUCAGAUUCUUGAACGUUAUUUGCUUGGCAAAGGAUUUGCCCAUACCAAACCCCGGGAGCAGCUUGGAGGUAACUUGGAGGUCUCACUGCAAAAGGACUCCCUGAGCUUUGCCAUCCAUUCCGAUGAUGGGGUGCGAGAGAUGUUCAAACCGCCAUCUGCCAUUUUUGUCUUUGACACAUCAUACAAACUCGAGAGUCCUGCAGUGCAACAUCUUCGAACUACUUACACCAGGAAUGGGAGUCUCCUGCCUGCGAUCUGGUUCCUUGUUUCCAACGCAUGCGAACACAUUGAACGCUGUCUACCUCAGUUGCCUGAGCCUGAGCGACUACGUCUCCUCAUGCAGUACACCGACUAUUUCCACGAUGACGUCGGCGACCUUCAGGAUGAUGCCCUCAAUGUGUGUGAAGAUGCCGAAGAGAUUCUCAACUAUCUCUCAGAUAGCUUUGCUAGUUGGUCGCUCCCCGCCAUCGAGCAUUUGCAAUUUGUAUCUGCCGAUGAACUGGACUCAGCCACACCUUCCUCCGAAGAGCCAGUGCUGGGCACUCAGAAACGAUCAUUGGACGACGAGCAGGAAACCGAAGACUACACAUCAAAACGCGCACGGGUUGAUACUCAGGACACCAGCCAAAUGACUCAAUCAACGAAACCACCCAGCCAAACUCUGGAGCGGGAUCUGGCAUCGUUGGAGAGAAGUCUCAUCCAGAUGAAGACCACUCAUGACACAGAGAAGGAGCAACUUCAGAGAGAGCUAUUGCAGACCCGGGCUCGCUUGCAAGAAUUUGAGACUGCGUUGAGCAUCCUCCAACAUCGCUACGAAACUAGAACCAAGGAGCUACACCUGACUCGUCAAGAGCGCGAUCGCCUAACGGAGGGCAAGACAUCUAUGGAGCAACGAGUCGAGAAGCAGAGGGAGGACCUCUUCAAACUGAAAGAGGAGCGUUCACAGCUAAAGGCCGAGCUUGAAGGAGUACGACAGGAGCUCAAGAAUGGUGGCGGCUCUCUGGCAGAACUAGAGACGGCUCGGGAAGAGAUUCGCCGUCUUACCAGCGAAAAAGCAAGCCUUGAGCGUAAGGCAGAAUACGAGAAGAACCAAGCAGAGUACACUCGCGAGCAAUAUCAGACCGCCUCCACAGUGGCCGCACAAGCUGGGAAUGAGCUUCGUCAAGCUCGUGAGGAAAAUGAGGCCCUGACUCGCAAGGUUCAGGGCAACGCCGUCCAACUUCGGGAAAUGAACAUCAAAAACGACGCGGUCCGUCACCUUGCCCGGAUCAAAGAGCUAGAGUUGAUCCUCGCUUCGCGGGACGAUCUGCUACGAAAGAAGGAAGAUGAAUUGCGGGAGAUCCGUAAGAACCGCCCAUCCACGCGAUCGACAAGCACACAGCCCCGGAGUCCGAAGUGGGCUGCCAGUAGCCGACCAACGAGCCCCGGUGUCGGCCAUAACGGCAAUGGCAACGGUCUUGCUGGCCGGGGCAGUGCCCUACGGUUCAGUUCCGAGAUGCCUUUCUGA